AUGGACCGGCCGCUGCUGCCGCCGCCGCCGCCGCUGCUUCUGCUGCUGCUGCUGCUGGGGGUGUCCCUUGGAGGUGCCAAGGAGGCAUGCCCCACAGGUCUGUACACCUAUAGCGGAGAAUGCUGCAAAGCCUGCAAUUUGGGCGAGGGUGUGGCCCAGCCUUGUGGAGCCAACCAGACCGUGUGUGAGCCCUGCCUGGACAGCGUGACGUUCUCCGACGUCGUGAGCGCCACCGAGCCGUGCAAGCCGUGCACCGAGUGCCUGGGCCUGCAGAGCAUGUCGGCGCCGUGCGUGGAGGCGGACGACGCGGUGUGCCGCUGCGCCUACGGCUACUACCAGGACGAGGAGACGGGCCGCUGCGAGGCGUGCAGCGUGUGCGAGGUGGGCUCGGGGCUCGUGUUCUCCUGCCAGGACCGGCAGAACACCGUGUGCGAGGAGUGCCCCGAGGGCACGUACUCGGACGAGGCCAACCACGUGGACCCGUGCCUGCCCUGCACCGUGUGCGAGGACACGGAGCGCCAGCUCCGCGAGUGCACACCGUGGGCGGACGCCGAGUGCGAGGAGAUCCCUGGCCGUUGGAUCACACGGUCCACACCCGCAGAGGGCUCGGACAGCACAGCGCCCAGCACCCAGGAGCCUGAGGUCCCUCCAGAGCAAGAUCUCGUAGCCAGCACGGUGGCAGAUAUGGUGACCACGGUGAUGGGCAGCUCCCAGCCAGUAGUGACUCGAGGCACCACUGACAACCUUAUUCCUGUCUACUGCUCCAUCCUGGCUGCCGUGGUGGUGGGCCUUGUGGCCUACAUUGCCUUCAAGAGGUGGAACAGCUGCAAACAGAACAAGCAAGGAGCCAACAGCCGGCCGGUGAACCAGACACCCCCACCCGAGGGAGAGAAACUCCACAGUGACAGCGGCAUCUCUGUGGACAGCCAGAGCCUACAUGACCAGCAACCCCACACUCAGACAGCCUCGGGCCAGGCCCUCAAGGCCGAAGGGAACCUCUACAGCAGCCUGCCCCCAACCAAGCGUGAGGAGGUGGAGAAACUACUGAAUGGCUCCGCGGGGGACACCUGGCGGCACCUGGCCGGUGAGCUGGGCUACCAGCCCGAGCACAUAGACUCCUUCAACCACGAGGCCUGCCCGGUGCGCGCCCUGCUGGCCAGCUGGGCUGCCCAGGACAGCGCGACGCUUGACACUCUUUUGGCUGCCCUGCGUCGCAUCCAGCGAGCUGACAUUGUGGAGAGCCUGUGCAGUGAAUCCACGGCCACAUCCCCGGUGUGACCCUACUGACCGGGAGAGUCCCUGCCCUGCCCCACAUUCCAAUGACUGAUGCUAUAGCCAGUCCCCACGGAGGUGUCCCCUCCGAGGGGUGGCCGAGCAGUCAGAACCGAGAUCCUUUGCGCAGGGCUUCUGAGCCCAGCUCCCCAAACCACAGCCCCAUCGCUGCUCCUGAGGGGCCCCUUGCUUCUGACCACUCUCUGUCUCCAACAAGAGAUGGGAAUCUACCCGCCCUGCCCUGCCCCGCCCCCCCCCAUCUCAGGCCUUUCCUCCCUUUCUCACACCUUAGUCAGGGUCAGAUCUAGGGGGCUGAUACCUGAAAAGGGUAGUGGCGGGGAGUUGUCGGUGACAAGUCUCCCGAGACUCAGAGAAACCAGAGCCAUGGGCUCUACACUGUGAACUGAGGACCAGGGAACAUCAUGGUGGCCUAAGUCCUCCCUCAGGCACCCCUUCCUUCCCCCUGACCAUGGAUGAAGCCUAUUUGAACUAGAAGCAGGUCUGAAACCCAGUCCAGACCUCUCUCUUACAUACAGGACAGUGAGGCCCAGAGAGAGGCAGGGACAAGCCCAUGACAUGGAGCAAUGAGGAGGUCAAAUGUAAACUGACACGUUCUCUUCCAAAUUCAGGGCCUCAAGUUUGCCUGAGGGACCAGUAAGGAGGUGAGUUUCAGGGAAAUGUCUGGAAGCCACCUCAGCCCACCACCACCUCCAGACCCCUGAUCACCCCUGUGGAGAUGUGGUCUGCUUGUCCAAGGCCUGGUCCAUUGUUUCAUCCAUAGAGUCUGGUUUGGAGUUUGAGCUUGGUGAAAGGGGCACUCUACCUCCCUCUGCUUGACCCCACCCAGCUUGUGUCUGUGGCAUUGGUGGAGUUAUCUGUUGGUACCUUCCUUGGCAUGGGCCUGUAGCCAACACUAGCCCCUAGAAUCAGCCCUAGGGGUCAGGGACUAAGUACCCCUGUCCUCAUAACACACACACAUACACGCACGCACGCGCAGGAUGAGAGACAUCUUUCUGGUCUCCUAUUGGGGGCUGAGACAGGAUCUUGUUGAGGUUUAUUGCCAGAGAAGCAUCAGAGGGAGCUGUGCUCUACAGGAAAGACUUGCUCGCCCCCGGGUUUGGCGGGCCAAGGACUGCUAAGGGCCAGAGCCAGCGUCUGUCUUCCAAGGGCCUGUGCGUGGAAGAAUGCUCCCGUUCCGCCCCUUCCCAAAGCCUGAGUUUGGCUGCGCCCAGGAGGUUGUAAUGAAAAAAAAAAGAAAAAGAAAAAAAGAAAAAAAAAUAGGCCAGUGUGAGAAUGCAGCAAGAAGAAACGGAGCUGGCCUGUGGCCUGGGGUGGGAUUCUUCUAAGUUUCCAGGUCCCUGCAAAGGACUGUUUGGCUGAGCGCUGCCAGAAAGGGACAAGAGGUUUCAGCGGGUCAUUUUCACCCCCUCCUUGGUCUGUCCUGUUUUGCUUGCUGUUGGAAUGAGUGUGGCACCCCUCUAUUUAGCAUGAAGGAGCCCUGGGCAAGGAAUGCACGAUGGACUGACACCCCUCCCUGGAUUAGGAGCAAGGCACGCAGGUGGCUCUUUGUGGACCUCACUCUACAGUGAGAAAAAGAACCUCCCCCAGCAUCAGGGGAGUGGGACAGACUGCGUGUAUUUAGUUCCCUCCAGCAGCUGGAGAGGGGUGGGACGCUGCAAGUAUGGUUUAGCAUGUAUUUGGUUCUGGGGUCACUCCUGCCGCGCUUUGGGCAGGGAUGGAACCCUUUGGCCCUCCAGGUGGGGGCUGUGAGCUCCAGACCCCCCUAUUACCCUCCCUGUCACCUCCCUUUGCAUCCUGUGUAAUCAUUUCUUGGGCCCUCCUAAAACCUACACAUAAAACGUAAGUGAUGAACAUUAAAUAGCAAAGAAAGAAAAA